AUUUGUUUUUUUUAUUAAAGUAGGAACAAUAUUAUAUUAUAGGUUCUCUGAAUCUGGCCGACUUCUUGAGUAGAAGCAAUCUCUCAAAUGAAAGAGGGGAAAAAGGAUUGUUGUUGGCUUUAAUCGUGAACUUUGAGGAUUUAGUAAAACCGUGUUUCCCUUCUCGGAUACAGCUCGAUUUUGUCUAGGUAGUUUUCUGAGUAGUGGUUAUUGUUUUGAUUUAUCUAUUUCCAAUUCUGUGGGAGUUUCUACAUAGAUCGCCACGUGAACUGAAUUUAGAAAAUUUUAUCAUUGGCUGUUUGUCUUGAUUAUAACAAUCUGGAAAAUUGGCCAAAUUCCUUGAAGAACCUUGAGAUGAUUUCCUCAUUGUCAUGGCUUGAAUUAAGGGAAUAGCUGCUCUAUUUCUCGUCCGAGACCUUGGAAUCUGCAUGUAAUUAGCUUAUAUUUCUUUGGAGGAACUUGGUACUCAUUGGUAAAGAAAAUUAAACUCUCACAUGUCUGUGGCAUUUCCCCAACUCUCGUGGUGGUUGCGGAGUGGGAAGCAUAAAGAACCUCAAAGCUCUAAUGGUGGUUCUGCUUUAAAUGCUUCACUAGAUACAGCCAACCGGGAAACAGAUACUCUAAAAUUUUCUUUAGUUAAUGGGGCCAACAUAUCAUCCUCGUCUAGAAGGGUGAAACGGAAAUGGCAUAGUCGGGAAGAGAGGAAAAUUGAUAGGGAAUAUGACAUUGUUCUUGUUCCAUCUGAUGGAGGGUGCAUGUCAGGGUCUGAGUCUGAUGACUCAGAUUGGUCAAUUGGAUGGUCGGAACCCCAUGGACCUGGAUUCCAGAGCGAUGAUGACUCGGAUAACAGUUUUGCAGUGCUGGUUCCAUGUUAUGCACGCAUUUACAAUGAUUUUGUGGAUGAAACUAAGAUCAGUGUCCUAAGUGCUGUUGGGAACAUCAGCGAUAGCUUUUCUACUGCAGAGAGCAAGAAAUACAUGGAACAGUGGCUGUCCUCUCUUCAGAACUGCUGAUACACAGGAUUUAUAAUGGUUGCACGCGGACGCUAAUGCCUUGUUUCCAAGAAGAAAACAAUUUGUGAUCUUAAGCCAUUUAAAAAUUUAAAAAAAAAAAAGAAAAGAAAAAAAGAAAAAGAUGAUACAGGACUAUCUAUUCUGGCUUCGUUUGAUUUACUGCUGGGAAGCAAAUUGGAUGAACAGAUUGGAUGCAACCAGUGGGUGAAGGUCUCAUCUUUUCAAAAAAAAAAUUGACCAUGUUCUUAAGAAGAGAGAGGCCUAAAUUAUGACCUCAUCUGUGUUGAAGCCUGUUAAAAUGGGAUGUAAAUACUUUUAGAGACUCCUAUAUAAAUAUGGAAGGGAGACGAAGGCUGAGUCAACCAGCUGGGAUUUGAAGAAAAAGAAUAUUAAGGAGUUGCAAGUGCAAAUGUCUUGUUAUUCUUUGAAGUUCAGUUCAGUUCAGUUCAUGUAUAAAGUGGGAAGGUGUUUAGUUUAGUUCAUCUGAAAGUUGCUGUAAAAGUGACUCAUUUAUGUAUGCAUCAUGUAAAAGUGGCCUUAGUUCAUCUAAAUAUGGCUGUAAAUGUUGACCCAUUUGUAAAAUUUGUUGUAUAAUGACACAGUUGUGCUGUCAUGUAAAUAUUUCUCUCCCCAUUCAAUGUAAUAUUCUUUAGAUAUUUA